CGCGGCGCGCAGAUCUGGCGACUGGGUGCACAGCGGGGACGGUGGGAGCCGUGGCGGCGUGUCGUGAGGCUGGGUGUUUGCUGGCGGCCGGAGGCGACGAGGCGGGAUCGGCAUGGAAGUGAAGGAUGCCAAUUCUGCACUGCUCAGUAACUACGAGGUGUUCCAGUUACUGACUGAUCUGAAAGAGCAACGGAAAGAAAGUGGAAAGAACAAACACAGUUCUGGGCAACAGAACUUGAAUACUAUCACAUAUGAAACAUUAAAAUAUAUAUCAAAAACACCAUGCAGGCACCAGAGUCCUGAGAUUGUUAGAGAAUUUCUCACAGCAAUGAAAAGCCACAAGUUGACCAAAGCCGAAAAGCUUCAGCUGCUGAAUCACAGGCCUAUGACUGCUGUUGAGAUCCAGCUGAUGGUAGAAGAGAGUGAAGAACGGCUCACAGAGGAGCAGAUCGAAGCCCUCCUUCACACCGUCACAAGCAUUCUGCCUGCAGGGCCAGAGGCUGAACAGAAGAAAAACACGGAUGACGUGACGAUGGAUGAAGAGGACCCAGCCGGCCUAACCGCCUCAUGAAGCUGAAAAGCCCAGCAGCCAUUUCCCAGCCGUCCAGAGGAUUGUUCAUUUGGUCUUACCCUCUACCCCAACAGGCCUGAUUUCAUAAGCUAAAAAGAAGUGCUUGUGCCUCUGGGAGAUGAAACAUGGUGAAGACAGACUGAGGCUUUCAGGGCUGAGAGCUAGACAGAGGAAGACAGAGUCAAAGAGGACAAUGACUGUGCAGCCCUCUGGUAAAAAUAUUUCUUCUGUGGCCUUUGCCUCAGUGGCGGGCAGGGCCCCGUACACAGCUGGUGGAACACUUGUGUUGCCUUUGAUGGGCUAUGUCCUAAUGAGUUUCAUCUGCUUCCCUAGGAGCUUCCCAGACAGGGGUGCCAAGCACUGUUGGGGCGAGAGCUGAGUGAGGAGAAUCCGGUGAGGUGGCUAGAAACUCCCAGAGCGGCACAUAGUUGCUCUAGGUCAGGAGCCGCUGAACUUGGCUCACCUUAGAGGAAGCUUUUCCUAGAGAACAUCGAAGAUGAGAGAAGAGCCGCCUGGCCAACCCUUCUGCAGGCUCCUUCCCUCUGCUGGCAGGGCUCUUGUUUACCAGCUCACUGUUCAGUCUGAGAUGUUAGGGCGCCAGCCCCUUCCGGUUGAAAAGCAGCCCAGCAGACUGCGGACGGGGGCGACGGAAGUCCUGCCUCGGCUGCCUUUCCAAUCACCUGCCGUCUCCUGCCCUGAGAUAGGAGCCCUGGGCGCGCUCCGCCUCUUGAGCCUAGGUGAGCUUCACUUGCACAAGGGGCAGCUUGUUUGCAUCUUUGGAAAGGGCACAAAUAGGGAUGGGAUAUGAAGAACCAGAGAUUGAUUAGUAGGAAUUUGAAUUUGUUGGCUAUGGCAAGGCUGCAUCCGUUUUUCAGUUUCAAAUAUUAGGACAAUGACCAUGUGAAGAGCUUGUUGAUACUGAGGCUUUGGAGGGUUCAGUAGCUCCAGACGUGUGGUUGCCUUAGGUCCUAGGAAUAUUGCUAAAAAUUAAUUUCCCACAUUCGCUCUGCUCCCCCUUUGGGGAAAAAAAUGCCCACAGACAUUAACUUUCCAAAUCAGCACUCAUUUUGUUGUGAGAUUACAUAUUUUCGGUGUUGCUAUUAAUUGGAUUACUUCCCACACCCUUGCAAUUCCCAGGUUAUUUCAACCUCCCCACCACCCCUGCCAGUUACAGUGAUGUCAUUCUUAACCUUAUUAUCUGAGGAUCAGCCGAGACCUCGUUACAGGCAAAACUGGAAUUGGCAGGGCAUUUGUUUUUAUAUCUCUCUUCAGUAUUGGGAGUUUUACCAAGAACCGUUGAUUUAUUUGUCAAGGCAUCAUACCUGUGUCACUGUUUCAUUUUAACCUUGAGUGUAUUCAGUGCAUUUUCUUAAUGGAUUAAUCUAAUUAAUGAUUGUUUCCAAGUGACUGCCAACUUUUGGUAUUUGUAUAAAUCUUUGAAGAGUUUGUUUUGCCAUGGAUAGAAAGAAAUAAAAUCUGGCU